AUGGGCUCUCUGAGAAAUGGCGUAGGGACUGAACUACACGAACACGGAGAAAAGCCAGAAGAAAAUGAAGUAGAAGGAGAAGAACCCAUAUUAAGGGAGCAAUCACAGAGGUUUUGCAUGUUCCCAAUUCGAUACCAACAACUUUGGGAGAUGUACAAGAAGGCCGAAGCCAGUUUUUGGACCGCUGAGGAGGUGGAUCUUUCCCAGGAUCUCCACCAGUGGGACUCUUUGGCUAACACUGAGAAACACUUCAUAAGCCAUGUAUUGGCAUUUUUUGCUACAUCUGAUGGGAUUGUUUUGGAAAACUUGGCUGCAAGAUUCUUGAAUGAUGUCCAAAUUCCAGAGGCACGGGCAUUUUAUGGAUUCCAAAUUGCGAUGGAGAAUAUACAUUCUGAGAUGUACAGCUUGCUUUUGGAAACGUACAUCAGAGAUUCAAAGGAGAAACAUAGAUUGUUUAAUGCAAUUGAGAAUAUUCCUUGUGUUGCUCAAAAAGCUAACUGGGCUUUGAAUUGGAUACAAAGCUCCACCUUUUUUGCAGAAAGACUUGUUGCCUUUGCAUGUAUCGAAGGAAUAUUCUUCUCAGGGAGCUUUUGCGCCAUUUUUUGGCUUAAAAAGAGGGGACUCAUGCCAGGAUUGACAUUCUCAAAUGAACUUAUUUCUAGAGAUGAGGGUCUCCAUUGUGAUUUUGCUUGUCUACUAUACAGUUUGUUACAGAAGAGGCUGCCAUGGCAAAAAGUCCAUCACAUUGUGCAUGAAGCUGUUGAAAUUGAGGUUCAGUUUGUUUGUGAAGCUCUUCCAUGUGCAUUGAUUGGGAUGAAUUCAACCCUUAUGAGCCAAUAUAUAAAGUUUGUUGCUGACCGUCUUUUGGUUGCUCUAGGGUACCACAAGAAGUACAAUGUUGAAAAUCCUUUUGAUUGGAUGGAAUUUAUUUCCUUACAAGGAAAAGCCAACUUCUUUGAGAGAAGGGUGGGUGAUUAUCAGAAGGCUUCUGUGAUGCAAGGCCUACAAGAUGGUGCAAAAAAUUUUGUCUUCAAACUUGAUGAAGACUUCUAGCUAGUAAGCAGAUUCAUUUUUGGCUCCUUCCAAGUACCCCCAUUAGUUGCCAAAACAAGGCAUCCUAGUUUUGUCAUCCUAGCCAUUACUUCUUGUGAAAUCAUGAUGUUUAUUCCAAGCAUAAUAACACUCAGAUGCAGCUCCUUGUCUAAAUCAUGAUGUCAAAGCAAAAAGAUGCUUAAUUGUACUUUUACUACACAAAUUCAGGCUUUUGCUGAUUGUAAACUGGUGUUUUGGUGCCAUUGGUUCUUUCCUGCCGCUUCUAAUGUUUGUCGUAUAUUGGGAAAGGUAUUAGGUAUUAAUCUGUUUGGAUCCUUGUUAACUUAGGUAUUUAAUGUUGAUUAGCGUGACAUCCCACCUUGAGGUGGGGGGAUUUGGAGUGGUUCAAAUGGCAUUUUCUUUGCA